AUGAAUGCCCCGCGGCGUUCCUCAACCCCUCCUUCUUCGUCCACGUCUGAGCGUCUCGUGACUGAACUGACACCCGUCCUGGGUGCUCUGAAGGAAAUUUGUGUCCAGCAUCCCAUUGUCCUCGAACAUGCCCUUGCGGCUACCGAAAGCCUCCUGCGGCUACGUCACACGUUGAUCGACAGUGAUCGUCCCCGCGAAGCGAAAGAUGCGUUCCGAAAUCUCGAUGGCUUCCAGACCCUCCUGGACCUCGUGCGACGACUAGCAGAACUUUACGAUCCGCGAUCUCUGUCCAAGGAAGAGAGGAAGAGCCUGUUGGUGCUUUUUAAAGAUGUCCUGGCUAUUCUUGCGGAGUGCCUUAAGGAUCAUCCCGGAAACAGACGCUUCUUUGCAAAGAGGAUUGCGGGAGGGGGAACAGCGUCUCUUGAAGAGACGCUAAUGCUUCUGGCUGGAAAGCUCGAUGAUGGGGAUACGAAAGCAACUGAUACGGAGCAGUUGUACGGAGGGGUUCUGGCAGCGGCUCUAAGCCAGGAGACUGUCAGUGACCUUUUCACGGCGCUAAGCACCAAGUUCUCUUCAGACAGCGACAAGCUCUCGCCGUCCACCAUCCGCGCCUCUGUGGAUCAAUUGUUGGGAACCGCGGAGACAGUGGAAAAUCCAGAAUUUUUGGGUCCUUUCCUUCGAACGUGGCUGUCCCAAUCGUCCAGAGGCACACACCAUGAUGUCCAGAGACUAGCCAUCCCUGCAUGCCUCUGCCAAUUGGCAUCCCAGUCCCGAAGGAACGUUCUGGCUCUCCAUGCAACUGGCAUGCUGUCUUCAAUUUUGCCAGUUCUUUUCAGCAACGAUCGAUCUGAUGAUGAAAAGGCUCUUUAUCGAGAACUGGCCGAGUUCCUUUGUCUCGAGGGAGUCAACAAUCUCCACGAUGCCGUAGAUCUGUAUCGACGAGCAUAUGAUUGCCCGCAGGCAUCGCGUUUCCUUCUCAAUGCAAUUCGAUCCUCCAAAGGACCUCCUUUUAUCCAUUUCGAUAUGUCAUCCCAUGGUUAUUCUUCCGUCGAACUCUCCACAUUGGGUCGGCCCUUUCCACCAACCGCGUCAGCUGGCUACACCCUGGCGGUAUGGGCUCGUUUCGACCGUUUCGAUCCCAAGUCCCACACGACCAUUUUUGGGGCUUUUGAUCCUAGCCAAACCUGUUUCGUACUCGCCUACUUGGAAAAGGAUACUCGCAAUUUUAUUCUGCAGACCUCAAUAACUGGCCCUCGUCCAAGUGUACGUUUCAAGUCAGUUGUUUUCGAGCCGGAUCGAUGGUACCAUAUCUGUGUGAUUCAUAGAAGAGCUCGCGGGACAUUGCCAGCCCGCGCUUCGCUUUUCGUAGACGGCGAGUUUGUUGAGCAGCUGAAAAUCGAAUACCCAAAUACUCCCGUAGCCCGUUCGCUGCAUAAGCCGCCCCGGGUCCAGGCAUUUUUCGGCACGCCCCAGGAUCUCGCUGUGAGGCUCGGGAAAGGCGUAUCAUCUUCCCGGUGGUCCCUCGCCAACGCAAUCUUGUUCGAAGACACCGUCAGUGACGACAUGGUUGCGGUAUUCUAUCAUCUCGGCCCUCGGUAUCACGGUAAUUUUCAGGACUGCUUAGGCUCUUUCCAGACCUAUAAAGCCUCUGCUGCCUUGAAUCUGCGGAAUGAGAGUCUACACCCCGGUAAAGAAGAACAUUCGGAUAUAGUUACCGCCAUUCGUCAGAAAGCGAGCGCUUUACUCCCUGAAAGUUCCUUUCUCAUCAACCUAUCUCCGACGACGGUGCUGGACGACGAUGACAACAACAACGUUGACGAAUCGCAGCUCAUCAAGUCUCUGUCGAGACAGGCAGCGAAGAACUUGCACCAGCUGACCAAGGCUGGCGGUAAUGCUAUUGCGAUCAAUGGUGCCAUUCCGGCGGUCAAUGAUGCUUUGACCCGUUCGCAUGGGGUGGCGGUCUUGACAGGUGACCCUGUGGUCUCUGUCCCUCAAUCCCUCGAUGAUGCCAGUUGGCGGAUCGGUGGCUGUGCAGCUGUGCAUCUGAGCAUGCUUCAGGCCGCGAGCACUGCAGAGAGCACUAUUCUCGCAGUCGAGAUCUUGUUCGAAGCCAUUCAAGACAGUUGGAGGAACAGCGAGGCCAUGGAAAGAGACAAUGGUUAUGGUAUACUUGCGCUGUUACUGCGGGAGAAGCUUGGGUUUCCUCAGGGAGUCCAGUCCGGGACUUCCAAGACCUCGACGGUCUGUUCGGAUAACCGAGAACGAUCUGAACUUGCUAUCGACCUUCUCCGAUUGAUCCUCACUUUUGUGGGGUAUAACUUUGAAAAUCCGACAACGUCCAUGAUCACCAACCCACUGGCAUAUCGUGUACUACUUGUAGAUCUUGACAUUUGGAGGUUUGGUGAGCUCUCCUUGCUUCAGAUGUACUACUCUCAGUUCUCGACGUUCGCUACCGAAAGUCAACACCGCCGAUUUAAUGCUAAGCGUUUGUCUCGUAUGCGGGUCAACAAAAAGCUUCUGGACGCUUUGAAGGGCGAGGAAUUUACCGACGAGGCUUUGAGUCUCUUCAUACCCGCAUUUCGGUCGCUGUUUGAGAGCUGUGUCUCUGCAGAGUUACUUCGAUCAUUGGCUCUAUUUAUCACCUAUGCGCUUCAUGACGACAAAGCUCCAAAGCUCAAUAAGAAGAAAAGCCUACGCUUUGAUCACCGUGCCAGACAGUCACCAAUUUCCUCAGACCGGACCGCAAAGAAGGGUUUGCCAAAGUCUAAAAUAGGCUUGGAACUGCUCCGCAUGUAUUGCGACUACGUCUGCGCCCCUGGCGACGUCAUGGCGAUCAAGAAGUUUGCAAGAGCCGUGACAAACAAGUGGCUUCUCUAUCUCAUGUGUGAGGAUGAACCUGAAGUUGUGGUUUUGGCAACCAAGAUCCUUGCGCGGUUAAUCGUUGUUCAUGGGGGUCCUUAUAGUAAAAAGCUCGCUGAUAAAACUGGCGGAUAUGUCAUCAUGAAGCAUCGUUUGAAACGAUGGUGGAAUGUUCCAAGCCUGUGGACCGUCUGCUUUGCCAUCUUAUUCGGGCUCGACGUCGCGGAGCUGCGCCUUGAUAGCGUUUUCGAUCAUUCAGCCUUUCUAAAUUUGCUCAUUUCCAAGCAUAAUGCCAAAGUGGUCUUCCCAGAAGUUCUCCCGGUCCUUACGGAAAUGCUACAGUGCGGCUUGAACGAAGCAGUCUCAGGAGAUGACAGACCCUCUGUCGUGAAGAAGGAUGAUAAUCCUCACCAAACGCCACCGGCUCAAAAUGACGGUCACUCUAGACCUUCCACCAAUCCAACUGAAGUCACCGCGCGCGUGAGUUCGUCAAAGGACUUUUCCAUUCUGACGACUGUCGUCAGAUUUCUCGCUGAUCUUCACGCCAACUUCGGCGAUUUCCGAGACUUUGCCGCGACAUCGACAUAUGUUCAGAGGUUACUGCUUGUCCUGUUUCCUGUUGUUGUUGGCUCCAAUAUAGUGAGCGCCGAGGUCGAAUUAAGUUCCCGUGACACUGGACUUAGUUUCGACGUUAAUAGCGUAGUGGUUCGACCUACCCCCGCUGUGCCUCCAGUUUUACGUACUACUACUGUCGAGCAAUCCGAUGCUCAAGACGAGCCUGGACGACCGUUGCGACGAGGAUCGUCUUUUAUUCUCAUAUCGUCAGACAAGGUCCAAUAUGCUCCAUCAUCUGCGCAACUUCAUCGCAUUGUUCUACCAAAAGUUGAGGGGAAUGAACCCUUGGCUAGCCAUCCGCUUGUUCAAGACAUACUGAAGCUCGUGGUAAGCGUGUUUUUGGAUCAGCUGCUCGCACGAAAAGACUUUUCUGGCCUGGGUCUGUUCCUUAAGACGCCUCCCGGGUUCCUGGAGUACCAAACCUAUUUCGAAUCAUGGCUGCUACGAAACAUUCUCUCGACGUUGGAAAACACGCUGUUGUUACACCAGGACCUGCUUCUGGAACCGCGAGUUCUCACCAAUCUGGCUCGCUUCAUGACUCACGUUGGGGAGGCCCUAUAUGAAGGUUGGUUUAUUGAUGGCGUUGGUGCGACUCUUGAUUUUGCUGGACCAAUUCUCGAAUACCUACGUAGGCCUGAUGUCUCGUCAUCGAAGAACAUUCGUCUCUGCAGCCAAGCCGUUAACACUAUCCGCUCAGUCCUUUUUCGGACUGUCCUGUUGAAACUGUCAAAUGUCGACGAUGCGGACAUACUCUCGUUUUUAAACCAUCUUGGGUACUGGCAGGCAACCAUCCUUACUGCAGGAGAACCGGAACUGGAGUACUUGAGACUGCUGUUCUAUUUACUUUACACAAAAUUGCUCUCUGAGAAGGAAGAAGUGCGGCUAGCCGCGGCUACUCUGUGGCGGAUUAUUCUCGUACAGAAGCCUUCCGAGACGACCUCUAUUUUGAGUCAUGCACCCGCAGCACUACAACGGCGGCUCUCCGGCGGUUUUGAGAAGCUUGUUGGCAUGGAUGACGGUGCUUUCCUACGAUGGGUGGAUGACGAACGCGAAGACCUGGACGCUUUCUUUUUCGGCACAAUCUCCAAAUUCUGGGAAAACUUUGUUCAAGAAGAGAAUAGUAAAACUGAAGAAUCUGCACGGUCUCGGAUAGCGAAACGCAGAGAAAGACUCAAGCAAUGGAUCCAAGAAGACCAAGCGUGUGAGGAAAUAAUUCGCAAGCACUCCAGCACAUUUGAUCACUGGACAUCGAACAUUUUCGCGUCAGAAUCCCUCAAGCACCAAAGACUCCUCCAAGAUCAACAUGAUAAUUUUACUUUCAUGUGGUCUGUCUUCUCUCGGCUUUCUCAAGACCUGCGUCGGUUUGGGGGCUUACUGGCUGAGGAUGGAGAGAAGAAAUGGCGUCUUGACCAGACAGAGGGACGUAGUCGCAUGCGACUUCGCGUAAUCCCGGAUGAUUCUGGAGAACGUCAGGAUUAUCAGCCGAAGAGAAAGGCGUCUGAACCGCCCGCCAUCAAGGUUAACCCGCAGAUGCGGCCUGCCGUCAACGGUGAAGCCCUUGGAAUCACCCCAACGACCAACUUGGUGGCAGAACCUGGUGACGCUGAAACCCAAGGGGCUGAUCCAGAAGAGAGGAACGGGCUUGAAGAGAGCUUUGAGAUGAUAGAUGAUCCCAAAGUGGAUCUUGAAGACUACGAGGAUAAAAACAGAAAGGUCAUGCGCAGCCUUCACCGCGGAGAUCAAGUCCAAAAUGUGUGUAACAUGUCUCGCAUCGUCGGCCUAGAGGCGUGUGAAGGUCUCUUGAUCUUAGGAAAGGAUUAUGUCUAUAUAUUGGACAAUUUCUUUCAACGAGCGGACGGGGAAAUUGUCAACGUCUGGCAAGCUCCUCCGGAGGAACGAGAUCCUUUUGUUCGCAUGAUCUCCGGAAGGGAGUCAAACGAGCGCAAAUCACGGGAGCACGAAACAAGAAGCUGGAAGUGGUCUGAUCUCAUCAGUGUCUCAAAACGGCGCUUUCUUUUCCGAGAUGUUGCAUUGGAGGUCUUUUUCACCGACGGUCGCAGUUACCUGCUCACCUUGAUAUCGUCGCGAGCGCGAGAUGAACUCUAUAGUCAGCUCUCUGCUCGUGCGCCGCAGAUUGGAGGAAACAUGAGCUUGACCCGUCCAGAAGAUAUCUGGAGAUUUGAAACUUUGAGGGUGCAGGAGGAUGCUCCGCAGUCCUUGGGGUCGAAAUUUGCCAGUGUGUUUGGUCAAUCGUCUUUGAAUCCCGCCACGCGCAAGUGGGUGAAGGGAGAAAUGUCCAACUUCCACUAUCUGAUGCUCAUCAACACCCUUGCUGGCAGAACAUUUAACGAUCUUACUCAGUACCCUGUUUUCCCAUGGGUCCUGGCUGAUUAUACUAGUGAUGAGCUAGAUCUGACCGAUCCGAAAAGCUUUCGUGAUCUGUCAAAACCAAUGGGCUGUCAGACUCCGGAAAGAGAGGCUGAAUUCAGGGAGCGUUACAAAUCUUUUGCUGAGAUGGGCGAUGAGAACGCCCCCGCCUUUCACUAUGGCACGCAUUAUUCCUCUGCGAUGAUUGUGUGUUCUUAUCUGAUUCGUCUCCAGCCGUUUGUCAAGUCAUAUCUUCUCCUUCAAGGAGGUACAUUUGACCACGCGGACAGGCUGUUCUACUCCGUUGGAAAAGCAUGGGAAUCCGCUUCGCGUGGUAACAUGUCGGACGUCCGAGAGCUCAUCCCCGAGUUCUUCUAUCUUCCUGAAUUCCUGGUCAACUCAAACAAGUACGACUUUGGCCUCCGUCAAAACAUGACACAGUCGAUUGAUUCGGUGGAAUUGCCGCCAUGGGCGAAGGGCGAUCCUAAGAUCUUCAUUGAGAAACACCGCGAGGCCCUGGAAAGUCCUUAUGUCACGCAAAAUCUGCACCAUUGGAUUGAUCUUGUGUUUGGCUACAAGCAGAAAGGCGAUGCUGCAGUUGAAGCCGUCAACGUCUUCCACCAUCUUUCUUACCAAGGCGCCAAAGACGUGGACAGCAUCGAAGACCCGGUUGAACGACUGGCUACUAUCGGCAUCAUACAUAACUUCGGACAAACCCCCCACCAAAUCUUUCACAAGCCUCAUCCGCGUAGAGAGGACCCUCAUCGUAGUGAAAGUCGGCUAGAUACUCUUGCAGAAUCUCUGACGCGGGUUCCUGUUUCCUUGCUUGAUAUUCAGGAACGUGUGGCAUCAUUGUCCAUGAAACAAGAUCGGUUGCUCUGUACGGCUGCAUUCCGGUUAAACGUCCCUCCUUCCUAUGACAAGUACAUGGAAUGGGGUUUCUCUGAUGGCAGCGUCCGAUUUUAUGCUGCGGAUAGUAAAAAGCUUCUGGGGCAUUUCGAACAUUUGCACGUCGGCCAGUUAUCAUGUGCACUUUUUGCGGACUCGCGCACGUUGGUUACCGCAGGAUCGGACUGUACCAUAUCCAUAUGGUCAUUCAACUCAACCAACAAGGCUGUAGAGUUGCAACCUCAGGCUUGUCUCUUCGGGCACCGGUCUCCCGUAACGGUCCUAGCUGUCUCUCGGUCAUUUAGUACCCUCCUCUCCGCGUCGACGGAUGGCCAGAUCAUGCUCUGGGACCUGAACCGGCAACGUUUUGUGAGAGAGCUUCCGGCAAACGGACCGGUGGAGGUAAAUUUUGGUCACUCAAACACGAGGCUUACAAUGGCUAACACACCGCAGUGCGCUCGGAUCAAUGAUAUGACAGGAAAUAUAAUGAUCUGUCGGGGAAGUCGCAUUUCUCUGUACACUUUGAACGGAUCCCUUCUGCUUGAUCAAGCCGUGUGUGAGACGAGCGACGACUGCAUCGUGUCUUGUGCAUUCUACGAGGGAGUUAGCAAUGAGUGGCUGCAGAGAGAGCUCCUCUUCACCGGCCACAAGAGAGGUCUUGUCAAUCUUCACCACAUUGACAAUACGCGAGAUAACGGUGCCAACGUCUCUGCGGGGAUCAGCUGCAUCCUUCCCCUUCCACACACCGUCUAUACGGGCGAUGAAGCUGGGAGAGUUCCGCAAAAUCCGCUCUUUUUGCUUUACAGCGACUUGUCCUGCUAUGUCGAAUGGACGGCACAAGCCUAA